GCCAUUCCGUCGCGAGACGUCGGCCGCGACGCACGUACGAUAACAAAAUGAUUGAUUACGCGCGCCCCUUCGAGCAGAGCACGUGCGACAUCUACUACACCCAGACGACCUCAGCGCCCACCCGCCUCGACGACUUCCAAGUCUUCAGGAGAGGAAACGCUUCUCACAUAUACGGAAACUACUACUCCAAUCCUUCAUACGACGCGUACGAAGAGCCUGAGAUUGAAAAUGCUGCCAAUGUUUACCACACCCUCGUCAGCUGCAGAGAGUACCACCGAGAUGAUUGGAAGUACAAAGUGGUGGUCGAUUGGACCGAAGAUGAUACAGUUUCGUGGAUAGUCGACACAGCCCAGAGCAUAGGCAUCAGUGAAUACGAUAUACCGUUCUUUAACUACAGAGUGACUGGCUUGGAUCUGCGGAACAUGAAGCGUGAAGACUUCGUCCAGCGGAUGGCCCAUCCAAGCAUGGACCCUGUCGCUUCAAGGAAGAUAGGAGAUAACAUUUUCGACAGACUCCACACUAGACUAAAUGAAGAUAUGUUCAGACAAUCUUCAAUAUUUAGAUAUGCGGAAAGUGAGCCUUACCAUCACGAGCAGCAGACCAUGCUAGAUCUAGACGCCGCAGACCACAAAAACAGAAUGUACGCCUCAGAUUACAAACCAAACGACCAGACAUUACUGCAAGGACCUUGCGACUCCAGUGAUGACGCAGAAGAUGUUUUCCGGUCUGAGGAGACAGCCUCCCCGGAGUACUCGUAUGGAAGCGACGUCAGUAAAUCAGGAGACGAGGAUGAUAAGAGGAAAAUGUCGAAGCGGCCACCGGGGAGACCGCGGGGCAGCGGCCGGAAAACAUCCAUAAAGCGACCGAGAAGCGUUUCCGUGCCGGAGUUCUUAAGGAAUCUCUUGUUCGAUCCCAAAUACUGCCCGUCCAUCAUCAAAUGGGAAGACUACGCAUUAGGAAAGUUCAGAUUCGUGAAACCGGACGAAGUCGCAAAACUAUGGGGCAAGAUGAAGCAAAAUGACAACAUGACCUUCGAGAAGUUCAGCCGAGCGAUGCGGUACCACUACCGGCAGUCCGUGCUGGUCUCCGUCCCGACAGCGAGACUGGUCUACCAGUUCGGACCGAAGGGCCCCGACAUAAAGACGGACAAUCCAAACUUCAUCAAAGUCAAAUCAGAAAAUGAACAAGAAAACUAUAACUGCGUUUUGAAUUGUUAAAGAUGUUUUAGGGAGCUGUUGAGCAACAUCGAUGUUGUUUAUCGAUAAAAUAAAAGUACAAAUUUUAUCGAAUUUCAAACGCUAGGUAUUUAAUUAAAUAUGGUCAGCGCGCAUUCGUUGAUAUUGAUUUUUGGUACUCCCGUUUAUUCAUGCACUAGUUUCGGUUUGAAUCCUCGAAAAUUGUUAAGCUCCAAUUAAGAUUUCGACUUAUUAUCUCAAGACGUGCCGCUGUAUUCAAACAGUGGCGUCCGAUACAAUGCUGCGCACGUAAACGGGGAUACUAAUGUUAAAGAUUCGAUGUCACUGAUGCGCGUUCGUUUUAUCCAAGCUUCAUGAGGUGAUGCUUGGAGUUUGUCGUUGAUAGUUAAACUGAUGAUCGUCUUAAAUUAAUUGAAUGUGAGUAACACAUUAUAUAGGUUAAAUAAAAUUGUGCAAAUUAGCUCAUUUCUACCUAUUAUUUCGCAUUCCUCAUUUGACAGAAUUGUAUCGCUUAGUUUACAGAUGUCCGUCCACACGAAUGUUUUGUAAAGGUUUAAUACAUGUAUUUUUAAAUGAAUUUUAUAAAUGUGACACUCGGUCCGCUCAUGAUGUACUACUCCACGGAAUACAAGUUCCAAAAAUAUGCUACAAUUCUAAUUGUAGCAUAAUAUUAUUAUAGUUUCUGUUCUGCUGAUGGGUCGUAAGUCUCGUCUGCUUUACCGUCCUUAUAAGUAUUUACUAACAUUUUAAGUGAAUUUUUCCAUGACAAAAAAGAGACAAAUUUAAAAGUAUUUUCGAGGAGUAUUCUUAUAAAAUCGAAUAAAUUUAAAAGAUAAUAAAAUAUUAUUAUCUUAAAUUCCAUUGAAAACUUGAGAUGCUUUUUGACAGCACAAUUUGACAUUUAUUAGUAAAACGACCCAAACUAAGGGCUAUUUUGAAUUGUCAGAGUUUGAUGAUAAAUUUAUAGAAAUGUCCUGAUGGUUUUUAAAUUGCUUAGAAUGUAGAAAUGAGCACAUAGAUAGGUGUUUUUCUCUGAAACGUUAUUGGAAUCGGUGGUCAACGAAUCGUGACGUGGCAUAUUUAUGAUAUUAUUAUUGUUGAUAAUAAAUAAGUCUAGUAUACAAGUAUACUGCCAUAAACUAUCUGCCUUCCGUACAACUGUUCUUGUCAAUUCUUUAGUCGUCUCAAUGAGAUCAUUUGAAACAUUUUGUAUACCUCUCUAUUGCGUAUAAUCGAUAAGUAAAUUAUACAACGUACAUAUUACGCAAAAACAAAAACCAAACUUGAGUUAUUAUUAAAUUACGUUAACACGAACAAAAUAAUAUUAGGAGUAGGAGGAAUAAUCCUUUCGGACUUACAUGUACAUAAUAUUUUACAAAACUCUAUUAAGUAUGCGUAUUAUAUUAUAAUCUAAAAAGGACUAAGACGAGUCGAAUCUGACGUCAGCGAAAUUUGUAUGUAAAUGUACUAAAAUACACACCGCUCAAUUGGAUAUUCACAAAUAGAGACCACGUAACCGCUGUCUCUAUAAAAACGUAAACUUUUUAUAAUUUAAAAUAAAUAUAAUUUAAAAUAUGUCAGGAUUCACAUAUUUUUAUAAUGAAACAAAUACUUAACUGUGAGUUUUUGCUAAUUUAUCACACCGAAAAUGUAUAAACAUGUACUUAUAUUAGUUAAGUCCAAAUACGUAAAGCUUGUGUCAAAUCUUUGACGUUUGUUCUGUCAAAUGUGCCACGUUCGGUCGUCUGUAGUGUAAUAUUAAUAUAAGCUCACUGUUUGAUCUUAUAGAGGAAACAAAGGUUGUAAAAUGUGCGUGUUAUAUUGUUGGUGAAACAUACGGUACGUCUGGCUUGACCUGUCAAUUAUGAAAGCUGUCAAAGGUGACAUGUCCAUAGAGAUUGUUUUUUUUUUCUAAUAUAUUUAUCGACGUUAGCGUCAAUACAAGGUUGUUCAAGAGAAACGAAUUUUCUGACUUAGUAACGUAAUUAAUUAUAGUACAUAAUUAAAUUUAACAUUAAACUAAAAAUAUCUUUUUUAAUUCUUGUUGUUACCGUAAAUAGUUUAGUCUGUGGUAGUUCGAAAACAUUCCAAUUUUUUUUCUUAUUUAUGAUUUAUUAUUAGGAUCACACAUAGGUUAAGUUUUUUAAAAGCGGUUGCCAUAAACUCGUAUUAUGAUUAAAUGUACUUAAAUAGUUCAUAUUUAGGUUAAUUAAAUGAACAUUAAAGGAACAUCACAUUAUUUUCGUCAAUCUCAGUGAUAGGAUGAAUAUAUUAUUAUUAUGUUUUAGUUUGUUAGUUUAAAUAAGUGAUGUUGGCGCUUUACGUGCAAUAAAAAAGAUCUGUUGGCCAAAGAGUAGUUUCGGAAAACUAAAAAAAACUUGUAUAUUUUAAGAGAAAAAAGUUGUCAUUUUUUUAAUCGCUCGAAAUCCAAGCGGUUGCUGUGAUGUAAGAUAUAGGUACUUAAUGAAUUAUUUUGAAAAAAAAAAACAUAUUUUUUGUUAGUGAAAACAAUAAAGAUAAACAUUUUUUUCAUUAAAGAUAUUUAUGUAAA